UUGAAUAGAGAGCCAGCAGCAGCUCCAGCAUUUGCAUUUGAUGCAGACUUUCAGCAGACUUCAAUCGGCGAGCCGCAGCACCGCGGAUGAACUUAAACUUUACCAAACUUUCCGGUUUAACGAUUAAACUAUAUAGGAAAGCGCGAAACAAUACGGCUACUGUCGACUUUAUGUCCACAUUGAAAAUAUAGCUAGUCGCUGAUUUUGAAAAAUAUUUAGUUAGUUUGAAUUUAAAAAGUUGAGACGGGACUAGGUUUUGUGGCGGAUUAGUACGGAACAAUAAACUACCGGUGCACAGUGCGGCGCUUAGCUCGAGUCAGGGCGACGAGUGCGCUUCAAGAGUGUUUGACCCAGAGAUGCUCGUGCGCGGCUUUUAAUCAGCAAUAUUUUAUUUUUCGUGUAAUAACACGCUCAGCAUCGAUAUUUGGAGCAUCGCGGACAAAGUUGUUUUUGUUUAUUUGUCCAAACCAGCGGAUUUGUCGACACUGGACGGACUUAACUGAACUCAAGAUGUCAAUUUUGCCUUUCACUCCCCCCAUUGUCAAAAGACUUUUGGGCUGGAAGAAGGGAGAGCAGAACGGCCAGGAGGAGAAGUGGUGCGAAAAAGCGGUCAAAAGUCUGGUGAAGAAGCUGAAGAAGACGGGACAGUUGGAUGAACUCGAGAAAGCCAUCACCACGCAGAACAUCAACACUAAAUGCAUCACUAUACCAAGGUCUUUAGAUGGCCGUCUGCAGGUCUCCCACAGAAAAGGUCUGCCCCAUGUCAUCUACUGCCGGCUGUGGCGUUGGCCCGACUUGCAGUCUCACCACGAGCUGCGAGCGGUGGAGCUGUGCGAGUACGCCUUCCAUACAAAGAAAGAUGAAGUGUGUGUUAACCCAUACCACUAUCAAAGGGUGGAAACACCAGUUCUCCCCCCGGUGCUCGUGCCCAGACACACUGAAAUCCCCAGUGAGUUUCCUCCUCUGGAUGACUACAGCCAUUCAAUCCCUGAAAACACCAACUUCCCUGCUGGCAUUGAGCCCCAAAGCAAUUACAUACCAGAAACGCCCCCACCAGGUUACCUCAGCGAGGAUGGGGAGACCAGCGAUCACCAGAUGACCCACAGCAUGGACACCAGCUCCCCAAACCUGUCACCUAACCCCGUUUCACCCACACACAGUAAUUUAGACCUUCAGCCAGUGACAUACUGUGAGCCGGCCUUCUGGUGCUCUAUUUCAUACUACGAACUGAACCAACGAGUUGGAGAGACUUUCCACGCCUCUCAGCCCUCCCUGACAGUGGACGGCUUCACAGACCCCUCCAACUCUGAGCGCUUUUGCCUUGGUUUACUGUCCAACGUCAACCGCAAUGCGGCGGUGGAGUUAACGCGCAGACACAUUGGCCGGGGCGUGCGGCUGUACUACAUCGGAGGAGAAGUGUUUGCGGAGUGUCUCAGUGAUAGCGCUAUAUUUGUUCAGAGUCCCAACUGUAAUCAGCGUUAUGGUUGGCACCCCGCCACAGUCUGCAAGAUCCCUCCAGGAUGUAACCUGAAGAUCUUCAACAACCAGGAGUUUGCCGCCCUCCUGGCUCAGUCCGUCAACCAGGGCUUCGAGGCCGUGUAUCAGCUUACCAGGAUGUGCACUAUCCGCAUGAGCUUCGUGAAGGGCUGGGGAGCUGAAUACAGGCGGCAGACAGUGACCAGCACCCCCUGCUGGAUCGAGCUCCACCUGAACGGCCCGCUGCAGUGGCUCGACAAGGUGCUGACACAGAUGGGCUCCCCAAGCAUCCACUGCUCCAGCGUCUCCUAGGGGGGGGGCUUCCCCGCCCCACCAUGAAACUGAACACACAGAUAGGAAGAGCAGCACGAGAACUACAAGACGACGCGCCUCUCAUCCAGCCACUGUUUGUCCCUCCUCGCUGCCAGUAGCACUUUUUUAUUUCUUAGUUGCAAAAGGGGACAAGUGCAUUAAUGCAGUAUCAGUUUAGGAGGAUCUCAUUUUUUUGAAGGUCAUUGUUGUUUUUUGGCAUCUCACAGCUGGAAAAGCAGAAUUAUUUUUUUAUUUCUUGUUUUUUUUAUUGUUUAUAGUUGUUGUAUACAUUUUACACUCAAGUAUCAUAAAAAAAGAAUAGAAAUAAGCAAUUGUUCACACUUUAAUGCAUUGUUCCCUUUGAAAAAUGUGUAAUUAUGAGCCCUUACUUGACUUUGUUUCUGUGUUUGGGAUUUGACUGGUUAGGAAAACUUGCUCAAAUGGGCCAGAAUGUAAAAUAUUUUACUUUUAAAUACUCUAUAAAAGCAUUUACUGCAAACUUAGUAUACAUUUGUGAUAGCAAACAAGACAGACUUAUAGCCUGAUGUUUAGUGUUAUAAAUACAUAAAAAACAAUGUUAAAAAUGGAUCCAUAUCCUAACAAAAAUGUUAUGCUGGAAGUGUAAAUUAUUAGUACUUUAUUGAGUAUUUAAAGUUGAUGGAAUUCAUCAAAAGCCACUAGGAGGAACAGGAUAUUUAGAAAAACUUUGUUGUCAAAGCACAGUUGAUGCUCAUCUUUAUUAAAAGAUUCUGCAUAAAUUAAAAAAAAACCUUUGUAGAUUUGCAAAAUACUUUUUGUUUUCUUUUAUAAUAUAUGAAAUGCAUCGGAAAAGGACUUAAAACACAUGACAUACUGUAUUUUUCUGAUUCAUUUCAGGUGUUGUAAUGAGCACACAUGUGAUCCUUGAUCCUUUUGUAAGCCAUACUGACUUUAGACACACAGGACAAAGAAAAUGACUUAGAUAUAAUCCAGUAGAUAAACUGAAUGAUGAAUUUAAAGUCUGCUUUGCUACUAAGUAUUUUUUUAAUGAAAUAAGACGAGAACUUUGUCCACUUUAUGCAUGAUGUGGUGAAUCAGCGCUGGCUGGUUGUAUUUUUGUAGCUGGUUGGGCUGAAGCAGUCUGACUACGAAGCUCAGCGUUUCACAAAGGGAACUGUUUAUAAACUCAUACAUGCAUGUACAAAUCUGCAAAAUCACAUUUAACGUCUCAGUUUUGAAAAGUAAUUGUACAUAUGCAACGGUUUUAAAACGACAACCCUUUUGUUGUUGAUGUUUUUUUUUCCUAGCAGGACGUCAAAGCUAAAGCAGCGCGGCGAUAAAAGCGUCACUGAAAUAGAAGAGCGUAGUGGUAGCUUUGUUCCUUGUGACCCCCUGCUGCUGCGGUGGAAGUGGGCCGACUUCCCUCUGGUUUGAACAUUCAGACAAACGCUCAGCGGGUGAACACGAACAACAUUUGGAUUCUUUUGUUUUUUGUGUGUUUUGGUUUACUCUUGAUGCUUGUGCUGAGCGAUAAGAUGUAAGUCUGGUAUCCUGCCACACGUCCGUCUGAUUUAAGGACCGCAGACUGUAGCAUCUACCAGUCUGAGUCCAACUGCUUCUAGUGUCCUUAAACUUCGAUGAUGAGGUCUUUAACCCCAUGACUCGUGUAAUUACCCAGAGGGAAAGACAACUUCAUCAUUUUUAUUAUUAAAUCUGCAAGUUUAUAGUGUUUUCUCCCUGUUUCAAUUGUUCACUGUUAGUCAUGAAUUACGCUUCUCUGAUCUGAAUUUGUCUUUUUUUAGAUUUUGAUUGUGAGAUAGUUUUUGCCUAAAAAAGUGAAUGCUUAUGUUGUGUAUUAAUGUUGGUCUCUUAAUAAAAUAUAUAACCUGUGGUUAAAA